AUGUCAAAAGCUGUCGGUAUUGAUUUAGGUACAACAUACUCAUGUGUUGCUCACUUUGCCAAUGAUCGUGUUGACAUUAUUGCCAACGAUCAAGGUAACAGAACUACACCAUCUUUUGUCGCGUUCACUGACACUGAAAGACUAAUUGGUGAUGCUGCUAAGAAUCAAGCUGCUAUGAAUCCUUCGAAUACUGUUUUCGACGCUAAGCGUUUGAUCGGUAGAAACUUUAACGACCCAGAAGUGCAGGGUGAUAUGAAGCAUUUCCCAUUCAAGCUGAUCGAUGUUGACGGUAAGCCACAAAUUCAAGUUGAAUUUAAGGGUGAAACCAAGAACUUCACCCCAGAACAAAUUUCCUCCAUGGUCUUAGGUAAGAUGAAGGAAACCGCUGAAUCUUUCUUGGGUGCCAAGGUCAAUGACGCUGUCGUCACUGUCCCAGCUUACUUCAACGAUUCUCAAAGACAAGCUACCAAGGAUGCUGGUACCAUUGCUGGUUUGAAUGUCUUGCGUAUCAUCAACGAACCUACUGCUGCUGCCAUUGCCUACGGUUUGGACAAGAAGGGUAAAGAAGAACACGUCUUGAUUUUCGACUUGGGUGGUGGUACUUUCGAUGUCUCUUUGUUGUCCAUUGAAGACGGUAUCUUUGAAGUUAAGGCUACCGCUGGUGACACCCAUUUGGGUGGUGAAGAUUUUGACAACAGAUUGGUCAACCACUUCAUCCAAGAAUUCAAGAGAAAGAACAAGAAGGACUUGUCUUCCAACCAAAGAGCUUUGAGAAGACUAAGAACUGCUUGUGAAAGAGCCAAGAGAACUUUAUCUUCUUCUGCUCAAACCUCCGUUGAAAUCGACUCUUUGUUUGAAGGUAUCGAUUUCUACACUUCCAUCACUAGAGCCAGAUUCGAAGAAUUGUGUGCUGACUUAUUCAGAUCUACUUUGGACCCAGUUGAAAAGGUCUUGAGAGAUGCUAAAUUGGACAAGUCUCAAGUCGACGAAAUUGUUUUGGUCGGUGGUUCUACUAGAAUUCCAAAGGUCCAAAAAUUGGUCACUGACUACUUCAACGGUAAGGAGCCAAACAGAUCUAUCAACCCAGAUGAAGCUGUUGCUUACGGUGCUGCUGUUCAAGCUGCUAUUUUGACUGGUGACGAAUCUUCCAAGACUCAAGAUUUAUUGUUGUUGGAUGUCGCUCCAUUAUCCUUGGGUAUUGAAACUGCUGGUGGUGUCAUGACCAAGUUGAUUCCAAGAAACUCUACCAUUCCAACAAAGAAGUCCGAGAUCUUCUCUACUUAUGCUGACAACCAGCCAGGUGUUUUGAUUCAAGUCUUUGAAGGUGAGAGAGCCAAGACUAAGGACAACAACUUGUUGGGUAAAUUCGAAUUGAGUGGUAUUCCACCAGCUCCAAGAGGUGUCCCACAAAUUGAGGUCACUUUCGAUGUCGACUCUAAUGGUAUCUUGAACGUUUCUGCUGUUGAAAAGGGUACUGGUAAGUCCAACAAGAUUACUAUUACCAACGACAAGGGUAGAUUAUCCAAGGAAGAUAUCGAAAAGAUGGUUGCUGAAGCUGAAAAAUUCAAGGAAGAAGAUGAAAAGGAAUCUCAAAGAAUUGCUUCCAAGAACCAAUUGGAAUCCAUUGCUUACUCUUUGAAGAACACCAUUUCUGAAGCUGGUGACAAAUUGGAACAAGCUGACAAGGACGCUGUCACUAAGAAGGCUGAAGAGACUAUUUCUUGGUUAGACAGCAACACCACUGCUACCAAGGAAGAAUUCGAUGACAGGUUGAAGGAAUUGCAAGACAUUGCCAAUCCAAUCAUGUCUAAGUUGUACCAAGCUGGUGGUGCUCCAGACGGUGCCGCAGGAGCUGCCCCAGGUGGUUUCCCAGGUGGUGCUCCUCCAGCUCCAGAAGCUGAAGGUCCAACCGUUGAAGAAGUUGAUUAA